AUGGAUCAGUUGUCAAUGCAAACAUUGUUGGAACUACCACACUAUAUAGAUUUCCAAGAGAAAUACUUGUGGUAUACUAUUUUAGUUAUUACAAGCACUCCAACAUGGUGGAACAUCGUUGCCAGACGUGAAUACAAAACUCACUUUUUAACCAAGUUGUGUGGAGGUGCCUACAAAGGAUGUUAUUUCCUUGCAUUCCUUAUUUUCACAUGUGGAGCAUUGAGAGACUAUUUAUUUGCAGAAUCAAUGAAACGUCAACCAAUUCAUCCAUUACUUGAACAAUUUUCACAAGAGUUACAAACUGUAUCCUAUGCAUUGUAUGCGAUCGGUGGUAUUUUGGUAGGUGCCACCUACUACCGUUUGGGUAUCACAGGUACCUAUCUUGGAGAUUACUUUGGUAUUUUAAUGAAGGAAAGAGUCUAUGGAUUCCCAUUCAACGUAAUGUCAAAUCCAAUGUACAACGGAUCGACCAUUUUGUUUUUGGCACACGCUCUUCACGGAAAGAGUGUUGCCGGUAUCUUCCUCUCGUUGAUCGUCUUUAUCACAUAUCGUAUUGCCCUCACUUUCGAAGAACCAUUCACCGCUCACAUCUACUCGAAGCGUACUUCCACUGGAGGUCAAGAACAAAAGAGAUCCGCCAAGAAGAUUCAAUAA